CCGUGGCAUGAGACAGCCCCACCUGCUCCCAAGACUCGAGCAGUUUUUUUACACUUUUUGGCAAGCCCGACCCGGUGCCUUGCUUGUCUGACCUGCUUUCGUGUCAGAGCAGGCUGAGGAACCCACAUGUUGAGGCUCUAGAUUGCACUGCAACCAUCGCCGCCUUACUCGAUCGCGCAACAGGGGCAACGCCGAUUUGACUCCGAAUAUCCCGAAGUACCUAAGUACUCCGUCGGACAUGCCCGAGGGGGCAUCUGAGUCCGAGGCUGCUCAUCUCAGGAUGGCGAGUCCUGAAAAGACCAGAUCACAACACCAAGCCAUUAUUCUUACGAUACUUCGCUUAUUGCCGGGGCCAUCAAUCGGACACCAUGCCGGCGUGCGUCGCUGUCUGAAGCCGCAGGUCCAAGUGCACCCUGUCCCAAUUAGGAAGUUCAUCUGCAAUCUCAUUCGUCAAACCAGUCAACCAUGGGAAUCUCGAGCUCUCGCCAUGUGCUUCUCAUCCCUGAACCAAGUUCGUGUUCGCAGCCACAAUCCCCAUCGGGCAACUGCAACUGUUUGCGUUCGAUCUGCCACACUCAGCAUGCCACGCGUUGCUUCAGUGUCAUCGUGUCGAGACUUUGCGUGCUCUGGCGCCAUCCCUUCGUACUCACGACGUGCCAUGUCACCAUCUGCUGUACACAUCGGCCAGGAUCUCACCACUUCCCAAACCCUUUGUUCAUAGCGUGUCUGCAGCAUCUGCGGAAUGGCUCCCGGCAAGGUUUAUCGUCGUGUCGCUAACCUUCCCGUUAACCAUCUUGCCUUGCAUUGCGGCUCUUUAGGGCCUUGAUCAAGAUCUGGUACCAAUCUACCCCUCUGCGGGCUGACUAAAGAUAUUCUUUCCAUCACUAGGUACCAUGGUACUCCGACGUCGCUUCAUGAGGCUCACUCUGCCGGCUCACGAUGUGCUCGUUGC